AUGAGUGCCAGCGGCACGGCCGCUCCUGGGGACGUCCCCGUGCUGCCGCCGCCGCCGCCGCCGCCCGGGCCCGGCCCGGGGCCCGCACCGCCCGUUCCCGCCGCAGCUUCCCGGGACGCUAUGGACGGCCGCGCCGAGCUGCCAGCUUUUCCCCGGGCCGGUGCCCCUCCGCUCGCGGCCAGUGACACUGUGCCCGCGGGGCCCGAGGCUGCUGGAGCGGCCCGGCCCGCCGCGCCCCCACGCCCCACCUCCUUCUCGGUGCUGGACAUCCUGGACCCCAACAAGUUCAACAGCAGGAGACGCCGCUGCCUGCUGCUGGGCCCCGUAGCUCCCGCGGCGUGCGCCCCGUGCGCCUCGGCCCCGUGCGCCCCGGCCCCCGCCGCCUCCGGACGCCCUGCGCGCACGGAGGAGCUGGAGCGCCAAGCCCUGGCUGCCGCCGGGGGAGUCGGAGCUGCCACCGGAGCUGAGCCGCCCAGUGCCGGCGACCCCUACAAAGCGGACGAGGCGGAGGCCAACGGCUACAGCAGCGGCGGCGGCGGCCACAGCCCGAGCGCGGACAGCGGGGACGAGGCGCCCGACGACGAGGACGAUGAGGAGCCGGAGGCGCAGGCGGCGCGCGCCGCCGAGGAGGCGCGGGGAGGCGGCGGCCUCGGGGCCCGCGGGUCGGGCUGCCCAGGAGCGGUCGAGGCGCAGGUGCCCCCCAGCGCAGUCGACGAGGCCGCAGCCCCCGGGCCCCGCGGAAACUCGCCGGGAGCCUCGGGCCCGCCCGGAGCCGCGGCGGCGGCGGCGGGGGUCACUGGGACCACUCCGCAGGGCGCGGCGGCGGCGGCCAAGCCCAAGCGGAAGCGCACGGGCUCCGACUCCAAGUCGGGGAAACCGCGGCGCGCGCGCACCGCCUUCACCUACGAGCAGCUUGUGGCGCUGGAGAACAAGUUCAAGGCGACGCGUUACCUGUCCGUGUGCGAGCGCCUCAACCUGGCGCUGUCCCUCAGCCUCACCGAAACGCAGGUGAAGAUCUGGUUCCAGAACCGGCGAACCAAGUGGAAGAAGCAAAACCCGGGCGCCGACACUAGUGCGCCGACCGGCGGCGGCGGGGGCCCGGGACCCGGCGCCGGGCCGGGCGCGGGGCUUCCUGGCGGCCUCAGCCCGCUCAGCCCCUCGCCGCCUAUGGGCGCACCGCUCGCCAUGCACGGCCCGGCCGGGUACCCCGCGCACGGCCCCGGCGGGCUGGUGUGCGCCGCGCAGCUGCCCUUCCUGUCGAGCCCGGCGGUGCUCUCGCCCUUCGUGCUGGGCUCGCAGACCUACGGCGCGCCCGCCUUCUACGCGCCGCACCUCUGA